UGCCUGCCCGUCUACUAGUAAUACUGGCAGCGGCGUCCCAGUGGAAACGGCAGCAGACGAGGAGACGAAGCCCAAGCAGUAAGUAGCAGACGACGCAUUGAUCGCUGCUCAUCAUCACCGCGGCGCGCACGUCUGUAUUUAACCGACGCUCCGGGCUCGCUUCUCCGUUCCUCUCCGCUCGUCUGCUGCAUCGACCUGCCGCCGCCCUGCCUGCCGGGCCGCUGCCGGUGCAUGCGGUGAGAGGACCUGCGUACGUGUUGGCGGGCUGCCGACGAUCGGAGUUCCAUUUCCAUCGGUGCGCAAUGUGGAACUACUCUGCUGCACCGCACUCGCUCCUGCUGCAGUACGGCGACGACUACGCCAGGUGCGAGAGCUCUAGUUCAUCGGCAGGAUCCGUGGGCCUGGACAGGAUACUGGCAGCGGAGUAUGGCCGGUUCGACUCUCUGAACUUGUCGCCGCCACUCCACGGCCUUCAGACACAAACGCUUUUUGCUAUGCACGGUUCAGAGAACUGCCUAGGAAUAGGCGCGAAUAAUCCGAUCUACAGCAGUGAGGCCCGGCCUGCGUUUUCGCAGCUCAGCUUCACCCAGCCAGCUGCCACUGCUGCCCACUACUCGAUGAAAUGGACGGCAGCAGCGGGGGAGACGGUGACCGGUGACGGCAGCCGUCUCAGGGGAUUAAAGAGGCUCAAGACAACGACGCCUGCAGCGACAGCGCAAGCUCCACAGCAGCACGGCCAGCGGUGCAAUCCGAAACCAACAAGAAAUCAGUCUAUGAAGGCGCCAUGUAAGAGGAGCCAGAAGCUGGGGGACAAGAUCACGGCGCUUCAGCAGCUAGUCUCCCCGUAUGGCAAGACGGACACGGCGUCAGUGCUCCACGAGGCAGCCACCUGCAUCAAGCUUCUCCACGAGCAGAUCCAGAUUCUGACCGCCUCCUACCCUGAAAUCAGUUCUAAAGCGUCACAGCAGGACACGGGCGAGGAAGAGGGCGGCGCGACGGAUCUGCGCCGGCGAGGCCUGUGCGUGGCGCCGCUGUCCCCGGCCGUCGUGCAGCUAGUGUCGGCCGAGGCCGCGCUCCGCCACCGCGACGCGGCCUUCACGGAGGAUCACUGGCGCUGCCUCGGCACUCUGUAACCGGCGGCGGCGGGGAGCCGGAGGAUGCUGCCAUGGUUCAGUUCGUAGACGGUAGGAGUACGUACGAGACAUGAGACAUGGCAUCGCCGGUUGCCGGUUGGUGUCAUCAGGCCUUAAGUUACAGCGUUAGAACUGCAUUUCACUUGGAAAAAUAAAAGUUACUCACGCGCUUCCAGAGGUUACUAUUAUAGUAUAAUGGAUAUAUAUACUACAUUACUAGUA